AAGCGUGCUGCGGAAACACGUGUCACGAUGGAGUCCCUGUCCCGCCCCUACCCUUUACAACCCCGCCUCCAACCUCCGGUGCACCUGAGGUCCGGGCGGCCUUGGAAGAACCUACGGGUGAACUCCUGCAUCUCAUUCUCCCGAGCCAUUUUGCUCCACCUGAUACCGGCGGCUCCCGCCGUUUUUCUUCUCGGAAGAAAAACGUUUGACAGGAGCUUGCGCACGCGCAGUAUCGUGGCGCCGUGAGGUGGAAGACCGUUGAGUAUCCGUCACGGGCCGCUUGGACCCAAAACUUUGCGAGACAAAACUUGCCUUCCGCGGGCAGUUGGAGAGUCUCGCGGUUCCUUCCUUUUCUUAGAACGAAUCUCUUCUGAAGGAGAAUUCUCGUUAGAAACCGAUUGGGAGCCGGCUACACCUUUGGAUGUAACAAUCAACCCGGGACGCUGCCUCUGUUCGUGGUCACGGGCAGCAACUAGGCAUCUGUGAUUUUGAAAGACAGAAGGAAAAGGGCGUCCUCGCCAGGAGACUAGGAAUCCGAGGAGGAAUGCGUUCUCGUGGCUUCAAAUCGCUAAGCACAUUUCGAAUCAGUAAGGGUGCCCUCCAGCGUCCGCCAUCUUUGUGACAUCAUCGCGUCGCCGCGGCGCCAUUUUUAGCGUAUCCCCUGGAAGCAACGUUCCUUUCCCGGUAUUCCCCGGGAGGGCAGCCGGUGUGGUUACGAUUCCUAGGCGCGGGGCACGGUGGGAGUUGUAGUCCCAGCGGAUACAGCCCAGCCGACUCUCCGGAAGUGGAGGUGGGAGAGGCCGGGCUGAGCCGGCUCGGGGUAGCCCGGCUCCCGGCCAGUGCUGGGGCGCUUCUCCCGGGGCAGGUCAUGAACGGGCCGGCGGACGGCGAAGUGGACUACAAGAAGAAAUACCGGAACCUGAAGCGGAAGCUCAAAUUCCUCAUCUACGAACACGAGUGCUUCCAGGAGGAACUGAGGAAGGCGCAGAGGAAAUUGCUGAAGGUGUCCCGGGACAAGAGUUUCCUCCUAGACCGACUUUUGCAGUACGAGAACGUGGAUGAAGACUCCUCUGACUCAGAUGCCACUGCAUCUUCAGAUAACAGCGAGACAGAGGGGACAUCCAAGUUGUCGGACACGCCAGCCCCUAAGAGGAAGAGAAGCCCUCCGCUGGGGGGUGCCCCCUCCCCCACCAGCCUCUCCCUGCCUCCUUCAACAGGGUUUCCCCUUCAGGCCUCUGGGGCCCCCUCCCCAUACCUGAGCUCGCUGGCUUCCCCCACCUACCCCCCAUUCCCUUCUGACUACCUGGCCCUGCAGCUGCCCGAGCCCAGCCCCCUGAGGCCCAAGCGGGAGAAACGGCCCCGCCUGCCCCGGAAACUCAAGAUGGCGGUAGGACCCCCCGACUGCCCCGUGGGAGGGCCGCUGACCUUCCCAGGCCGGGGUUCUGGGGCCGGCGUGGGGGCAGCCCUGGCCCCACUGCCCCCACCCAAGAUGCCUCCCCCUACGAUCCUGAGCGCUGUCCCUCGGCAGAUGUUCAGCGAUGCAGGCAGCGGGGACGACGCCCUGGACGGGGAUGAUGACCUGGUGAUCGACAUCCCGGAGUGAACCCCUCUGCCUGACCCCCUGCCCAGCGCCCUCUGUGUCAGCACACAUGAGCCCCCAGCUUCCGCAGAGACGUUUAUUGACGCCCGGUUGCCAUGCUGUGGCCACUGACACAAUCAGAAAAGGCGUAAACAUGCAUGAAUGUCCCCCAGAAGGUGGGCCCUCUCCAGGGAGGGCAAGGGCCCUGCCUUCACAUCCCAGCCCAAUCCAGGGGACAGUUAUUUAAAUGAGUGGGCCAGGAGCAUCUGCCACCUCUCAGAGAGGCAGAGACCCUGCGGUGGCCCCCCACUUAAAAGGGCAGCUGUACAGGGCUCGGUGGUGGUGGUUUUUUUAAUGAAGAUUCUGCAUUAAAGGAGUGCCUCUU